UCUAGACAUGUCUAUGCAAAACGUUCGGAACGUGUUUCCGAGCCCCUCCUCUGCUCCGCAUACGUCAUGUGUAGCUAAAGUGUGGAGCCACCUGGGUUACUAUGCUUACAACACCAGCCCUUUCCAUCGACGACUACCCUCUAGUCUCGUACCACGACACAACGCUACUCGCACCAAGACAGUGUAAAUGCGAUAGUCCUCUCAAUCAUAACCCACGAUGCCGAAAGUUCUGAUAUUGGUCGCGGAUGGAUCGGAGGAGAUUGAAUUCGUGACGCCUUACGACGUCCUGACCCGCGCGGGCUUUGAAGUAAAGUCCGUCGGUGUAGCGCUUAAGAACGAAAAUCAUGCACACAUGUCACGCAACAUACGCAUCCUGCCCGACUACCCAGACUUAAGAUCCGUGCCUUUGAAAACAGCGCAUGAAGACUACGACAUCUUGAUUCUCCCAGGCGGCGCACCAGGAGCCAAGACGUUCUGCUCCAGUGACGCGGUUCUGGAAUUGAUAGGUAACUUCCGUAAAAGUGGGAAAUGGGUUGCAGCCAUUUGCGCGGCGACAACGGCACUCGUUGCUGCGGAGUUAAUUGCUACGGAAAAGACUGUGGAUGGAGGCAAGAAAAGAGUUACGAGCCACCCUAGUGUGAGGGAAGAGGUCGAGAAGGCGAGGUGGGAGUAUAGUGAGGAGAGGGUCGUGGUGGAUGGCAAAAUUAUCACGAGCCGUGGGCCGGGCACUGCGAUGCUCUUUGCGCUUACGAUUGUGGAAGAGCUUUGUGGGAAGGAGAAGAGGAAUGAGGUAGAAGGGCCGAUGAUUUGUGCUGAGACCUUGUAGGGAGAGGAGUGGAUUCGAUUGCUUGGCUUAGAAGCGGCCUUUGUGAUUUCGAUGUACGGUAUCAAGGGGUAAAA